AUGUCAACAAAACCUUUAGCCAAUAAGGCUAUAACCUCUGCUCUAUCAUAUUGCUUGCAAGAGUUAUUAGCUCAAGAAUUAAGCGGAAUAAAUAAAAAAAGAAGAAAACAUUUAUUGUCAAGAAAAAUAGAAGCUGAAGAAAGAAAAGCUGUUGAAGAUGUCGAAAAAAUACAAAAUGUUGAUGAUAAAGAAAACAGAUUACAAUUCAUUAUAUGCUAG